CUGUCGAGCAAGCAGCGCUCUCGGACCAACUUCAACUCUAUUCUUUUAGGAAACUAAAGUCACUUUUCUUCGUGUUUCUCCAGUUUUUAGACUCUUCCACGGUGCGACCACAGAAGCAUUUGCAGCUGGACUUGGACCUACUUCGGAGCCGAUGUCGACAAAGCCAAAGCGAGGGAAACCAGGGACUUGACUGCACUCCAACUGGCCCGGCUUCUGCCAGGGACACAACUGCACAGUGUUCUGUGUAAUUUAUGUUGGUUUGAUUCUGCCAGCACUGCAUAACGAUGACCGGCGAAGAGUGGGACAGACUUUGGCUUGCACAUGAUAAACAUAGAUAAUAUUCCACCGAAGUAUUUGGUGCUGCGGGCCUCGGCUUUUUAGUCAUUGAGAUUACAUGUUUUCAGAACUUGGGGUAACUAAGUGUUGAGGUGAACUGAAGUCUUACUUUCCAUAUAGUUUCAGGGUUAACGGAACAUUUUUGAGCUUUUUGAGCAUGAAUCUCCAGGAAAAGCUCUCAGGCCUUAAAGGUCUGGUGACACACUCUCACAGCAAACGGCGUUUUAAACCCGACCUCACGGUGGACAUGAUCAGCCCCCCGUUGGGCGACUUUCGCCAUACGAUGCACGUCGGCCGUGGCGGCGAUGUGUUCGGAGACACCUCCUUCCUCAGCAACCACGGCGGCUCGUCAAACGGGGGCAACGGGGAAACGGACUCCAUGUCCACCCCCGACAACAAACUCGGGGCGUUUUUCUCCAGGACAAUCCGACAAAUCAGGAGGGGCUCUGACAACAGAACCAGAGAAGGAUCCAAGGACGCGUCACUGCCUCCUCCGCCCAUUUCUCCCAUCAUCAAGAAUGCCGUCUCCCUUCCAAGGCUGGACGUGGACAUGUAUGGUGGGAGCCCCACCACAAAGGUGCUCUUCCCCAAUUCCCAAAGCACACCAGGGGAGAGGAAGAGUUCUUACGGUUUGGAGUCUGGCUUCGUUACACUCCCUCGUCUGUCCCGCUCUGAGCGUCAACAGCCCUCCAUCUCCAACCCCGUCCCGUACUUGACCAACGUGCAUCGCGGCUCUCUGACCGACCCCUCCGACGCCAUCUUGACCACCCGCUCUUCUGCCGUUGUGACCUUGGACCCCAAAUCAACCGCCUUUUCCAGCUCCUUCGCCUCCCUCACCUCCCUGGACACCUUCAACUUUGACCUGGGCCCCUCCCUCAUGAGCGAGGUGUUCGGCCUACUGGACGGCGACAGUCACACCUGGGAGAGAGACGAGACGGGGUCGCCGUCAGGGCUCGCCAAUGAAGGAUCCGAGAUGGACUCGGCUACUAUCUCUUAUGUGGACUCCCUGCUGAGAGAGGACUGCGCAGGCGGGAAGGGUCCACAGGGGGCGGAAUGGGAUGACGACGAGGGGAGCGCCAAUGAGGUGAACGGAGUCGGGAUGACCGCGAAACUACCUGACGCGCUGAAGGAAGUCGCACCCGAGCGAGCGAAAUUAGCAGUGAGAAUGGAAAGUGAGCGCUUCCAGAGUGCCGCGGAUGUGCUCGCACGCCAUUACGGUGGUCACAACAGGAUGGAGCCGGUCGAUUCAGAGAUGAUGAAGAAAAUAUCCUACAGCUACACAGAUGAUGAUGAUGAUGAAAUCAAAGUCUGAGCUGUUUUCACAUGAAACUAAAAAUCAUUAGCAAAUAUACGAUGUGAUUUUUCUGUAAUUCUAAUCCAAUAAGCAAACUAUCAACAAUGAAACUCAAACAGAAAACAGGAUAUUAUUCUUUAAGGUUCAUGAUAUUGGAUCCCCAUUUUUUCCCACUGAUAAUAAUUCAAUAAUUCAUUUUUGCAACAAAUGGAUCUAAAAUGAGGACUCGCAUAUUUUCAAUACACACUAUUCACGUAAAGUUCAGGAUAUUCAGCCUGCGGGUGACAUUGCAGGAUGAAGGUAAAAUGCACUCAAAAUGAACCCCCUCCAAGUCGCUGUAACUCACUAUUCACUGUUUAUGUGCUCAGGCCGAAGUAAUAAAAGCAUUAUUUUGGUGCCAUCUUGUAGUAUCUUGGUGCCAAUGAACUAUGUUGAAGUUCAUUGAGGAGCCUCAUUUCGACAAAAGUAGUGCUUUGAUGCCAUUUUGUGGCAUCUUGGUGCCAAGGAACUAUGUUGAAGUUGACUGAGGCCCUUCAAUGGAACAAAAGUAGUGCUUGUCGCCAUUUUGUGGUUUCUUGGUGAAAAAGGAAAUAUGUUGAAGUUGAUUGAGGAGCUCAAUUUUGACAAAAGUAGUGCUUUGCCACCAUCUUGUGGCACCUGUAGGCGAUUAUAAACCUUUUGAUGGGUAUCAAUUACUUGCGGAUAUCUGCUAUUUUUUAAUUUGCCCCUCCUAAAUCUUAAUUUGCCCUCUAAAUGUUUUUGAAUGUCCAACCGUUCAAUAGUUCACUACUUGUUGCGCAAGUUGCUGUACUCUAACAAGGAGCUGACAUCAAAAGGUUAGAGGAAGUCAAAUUAUGUUCACCUUAUAGUGCAUUUUAGGUCUAUUCUGAAAUGUCACCCGAAAGCCCUAUAUCCCAAACUUUUUGGGAGUACUGUGUUGAACUGAGGCUCGAACCAAACAACACUUCCACAGAGGAUUAAGCAAAAGAGGAAACGCGAAUGUUACUCAAUGAAGAGGUCCUGCCAUUCACUUUAUACUCAAUACUUCCUCCUGUAUGAGAGGACGACAAUCUAGCAGUAUGUGUGCUGUGCUCGCUGCACUGAGAUGGCCUCUCAAAACAGCCAUCAAUAACAGACAUGGAUACAAAAUAGAAGGUUCCUGGAGGUUGGUCCGCAUACUCAGCAUACUCAUGUCAUGUGUCUCAGGUUUAACUUCAGUCAAGAACAUUUAAAGUCAUUUUAGUGAAGACUUACCUUGACAUGAAUGAGAAUGGUAAGCGAGCCUUAAAAUCUUGUGGAUUUUUAUACAGUGUUAUCGCAUGACAUAAAUUGAGAAAUAUGACCAAUAACACCAGUAUUUGGUGUUAUCAACUACAGUAUAGGCUGUACUAUGUAAUCGUUCCUUUAAUGCUGCAGACAUUUUGUAUAAACCCUGUGCACCUUUAACGAGGACUUCUGUUUUUUUAAUAGACAAAUUAUAAUAUCUACGUUAUUGCCUUCAAAUGUCCAUGAAAAUAUCAUCUGACUCCCCUAUAAACAUGUACUGUACUUACUAGCACCUUCAGAACACAGUGCAGUCCCACCUUAUACUGUAUGUCAAUUCCAAUAAUUGGAAAUAAAAAUGCUAUCAUUUGGGGACUUUGUAUCGUAAGGUCACAACCAUCAAAAAGCAUAGUAAAUAUUCAUAUUAUUAUUAUAUGCUUGGAAAUGACGUUUAUCUUGCACGUGUGGUUUUAUUUGCUCUCUGGAAAACAUGACUGCAGUGGGUGAAGAAUAAAUACAGUUUUCCAGUGAAAGAAUUUGGACAAAUGGCAAGCUAAGCUUACAUUACGCAAACACACACUGUGAACAAAAGUAUUGGGUCUCUUCAUCAUUACACCUUCCUAUUGGAAUGGAAUGGAAGUUAAUAUAAAAGUGAAAAGUUAAUGUUUGUCCAUUUAUCCAGAAGAACACCCGUGAGAUCAUGUUGGUCCUGAGCUCAUACCAAAAGGUGCUUGGUGGGGUUGAGGUUUAUCAUGUUCUUCCACACUUAAGCCAACAUUGCCUUGAUGGACCUUACAUGAAAGGGCAAGUGUUUCCAUGAGUCGGAAGCAUAGAAUUGCUCACAAUGUCUUGGUACGAGGAUUUAUGCCAAUUAAACAUUGACUGUGUGUCAAAGCUUUGGUCCAUAUAGUGUGGCUCUCAUCUUACUGUGCUAUUGAAGGAGCCUGUUCGGACUGUAACGCAGGCGGAAGCGGCGGAGGGCAACUGGGGGCUUUAAGUCCAGACUUUUUAAUCGGCGGCUUUUUGAGACCAACCGGCCGAGUUGGAGGUGGCGGACGUGUCACCUGGUUCCCGUCUGUCGCUGCGGGUGCCGGAGGGGCCCGCGGCUUUGGCGGCACCGGCGCUUUGGUCUUGCUGUAGUGAACUGUCAACGGCUCGUUAGUUUCAUUGGCUUUUCUCACACUGAUGCUCCUCUUUGCUGCAUAUAAGAGAGUGUACAGAUUGUGAGCUGAAUGGACAAUUUCUGAGGUUACCUGCUCAUACAAGCACGUCUAGAUUGCAAAUUUGGAAAUUCUGCCUCGAUAAAAAUAAUAUUGCUCUAUUUGUAUUGACACACUAAUAGGGGCAUUAAUUCAAAAUAUCAUAACAUCCAUCCAUCAAGUUUGGGCAAGAGGAGAGGUACCGGGCACAUAUUGACAAACAACCAUUGAUGCGCACAAUCACCUCUGGAAAAUUAAUUAACCUAAGAAGCAUAUUUUUAGACAACGGCGGGCAAGGAGAGAUUGGAGCGCAGAACCCCUCGACUGUGAGGCAGGCAUCGUGCUUCUACAACGAGAGAUAUGUCCAAUAUAGCACGGCCUAUAAUAUGGCCUUAUUUUGCUACACAAGAGAUGUAGAACACCUUGCAAAAGAGCUGUGAUGACACCAAAUGAAGUAAAAGGCAGUACUUGAGGGAAAGUACUGCGAGCUGAAGGGCACAUCCCGUCGUGGUUUGAACAAUAUGCGAGAUGACGCGUGACCCGAGUGGGUGUUAUCUUGGUGGGUAGUGCGCAACUUCCUGUUUCCUUAAAACAUGAGACGUGUAUUUAUCUUCCCCUCGUAGACUUGCACUCACUUCACUUGUGAGAGGAAAACACUGUGGAUGUCAAGACUUUGCACAAUAGAGAAACAUGAAAAAUGGGUUGAACUCGAUCUCUGUGCUCAACAACAACAGCAACCAGUGAAAGAAAUAUGAUUGUGGAUUCUGGGUCACUGUAGCGGUUCUGAACAUGUCAACAAACAUUUCAAAUUGCAAAUGAUCACUGGAGAGCAGUUGUGGGCAAUGUAUAGGCAGGCCGCCACAUACGCCCCGCUUCGCUCUUUAAUGCGGCCCACCGAACAUUUAUCAGGGGUGUCAAACUCAUUUUUGUCAUGGGCCACGUUGUAGUUACGAUUUCCCUCAGAGGGGCUGAUCAUAUUAUAACAUAUACACAACAAAUUGAUGGACAACUAGUUUUGAAAUCAGAAGUCAAGCAUAAUAGUUGGUUUAGCUGUUGUUCAAAUGACUGUAAAAAGGGGUUUGGUAACAAAUAUAUGCUUUUGCAAUAUCUCAACAUUUAUUACUUAUGACAAUUGGUAAAUAUUGGUACAGAUUUUAGCAAGAAUCAUGAAAGUCGACAAAUUAUAAAAUGAUUUGGCGGGCUUUGAGCUUGACACCUGCGAUUUUGAUUAUCAAUAGUCCUGUGAUAUUUGUUGUAUUCAUUUUGCCGUUUUCUCCUGAAAUUGGUUUAUUAAAUAGGAUUUUUGUAAAAAAAAAAAAUGUAAACUGUUUUUAAAUGAGUAUUUUUAAUUAGUUAAUAAUACAUAACUCUAAAUCAAUUAUACACAAUAAUGUAAUAAAUAUAGAAUUAUUAUUUUGCGAUUGGCUGGCAACCAGUUCAGGGUGUACCCCGCCUCCUGCCCGAUGAUAGCUGGGAUAGGCUCCAGCUCACCCGCGACCCUACUGAGGAGAAGCGGCUCAGAAAAUGGAUGGAUGGAUGAAUUAUUAUUUCAUUUCCCCAAAUAUUAACUAUUGUAAUGUAUUAUUUAAAAUAAAAUCUUUUACUUAGCUGACAUACACAUUUUACCCCCACACGUCUGUCUGUUUUAAAAUUUCUAAUGUUGCCCUUGAGCACGAAUGUUUGUCCAGCCCUGCUCUGGAGAUGUCUAGAAUGUUUUGACUCACGUUUGUUUGGUUUGCUGAUCGUCACAACUGCUUUCGGUGAGACGGGAGGGGGCUCCGAAAUGGGCUCCAACUGCUCCGAGCACUGCUUCUGGACGGGCUCCCUGCUGUGUCCUGGGUUGGACCCUGCGGUUCUGGGAUGUGGGAUCGGGUUCUGGAUUGGCAGCAAGCCGGUUCUUGCGGUGGGUGAGCUGCUGAGUGUCGUCGUGUCUUUUUGGGUCGUGGUUGCGGCCUCGUGUGCAGAAGCAGCCCACGCUUGGCGUCUCUCGGAUUUCACGGCGGUGACACUGACGCAAUCCUCAGAGGAUACACUACAAGCAGAAAAAGUGUAUUUUAAAAUAAUAAUAAAAACUUUGAUUUAUUUAGCGCCUUUCGAGAGACAUAAGGAUGCUUCACAACUCGUGCACAUGGGAAGAAUGCACAUUUUGUUUCAGCCACAGCAAUUAGCGCAAUUUCUGAGGCGAUACCUGCUCGUCUUGGAGCAAGGGAGAUGAUAAGUUGAAGAGGAGGAGGCUGUGGAGGAAGUGGAGACUGUUCUGCUCAGUGGCGCUUGUUCUGAGAUCUUAGACCGGUCAUCUUGGACCUUGGGAAGCUCCGGAAUCUCAAAGGAUACCUCUGAACAAACAUUUACAACAAUAGAUACAUUUAUUGUAUAACCUCCUCCUCAUCUAUUGUCAUCAGAGUCUCGCGUGUCUUUGUUUUCACUGACAUACUUCAGUCAGUGGCUUUAAACUGGAAAGAAAAUACUCACACGCCAGAAAUGUAGGUACACUAACACAAUCUAAUGUGAUCUAAAACGAGAGUUGGAUCCAGUAGUAAAGCUAAUAGGACUACAGUCGUCGUUUCAAUCCGUUAGGUAAGUGGAAUACAUCUUCAAGAUAGCUGUAGUUCAGUGCCAUGAAAAAAAUAUUGGCUCCCUUCUCAAAUUCUUAGAUUUUUGCAUAGUUUACACCGCUUUAAUGUUUAGGAUCAUCAAACAAAUGUAAAUAUUAGACAUAUAUAACCCAAGUGAACUAAAAAUGCUGUUUCUCAAUUGUGAUUUCAUUUAUUAAGGGGAAAAAAAAACUAUUCACAGUUACUUGGCUCUGUGUGGAAAAUGUAAUUAUCCUCCCUAUUAAAUCAUGAAUUAGUUGUGGCUAAUCAUAAUUUUUGGUUAAUUUUUUACUGAUCACACCCAAGUCUGAUAUAUAUAUAUAUAUAUUUAUAUAUAUAUAUAUAUACACACACACACAAAUUUUGGGUAUGAAUAACUUUGGGCUUGAGUGUGGCUCCAUGAGAGGGACCAAAAUAUUAAAAAGUCCAACCACAAUGACAAACAUUGUUGAAUGAAUACUACUAAGACGGUGUUAAUUAAAGCGGGGCCUUUAUUAUCAGUGUAGCAGCAGAAGUAAGUGAACUGCAAGUAUUUUUAAUAAUCAGAGCUACAAUUGGUGGUUAUUAGAGGUGCAUACCUUCAGGGAAGAGCACGGCGCUGUGUUGAAUGAGAGGCUCAAUAACUGUCACCACCUGCACCGAGGAGGCGGACGCCAUGUCAAACAGAGUGAUCUCCCUAAAUAGGAAGAGAACAAGGAGACGGGAUGAGAAUGGUGACGGGUAGACUGUGUGUGGUUGGACACCUGUAGUUACCCCUCGGCUUGCGGCCAGAGGAGGUUGGGCCCCAGGACGAUGGCGAUGUUACCGGGCGUCAUCUUGUUUGCAGCCUGGUGCUCGGACAGCAGCGACAAGAACUGAACUAGGUACCUGAAAAUAUAUUAUCAAAUGCUACAUGAGAGCAGACCUAAACAAAACCUACUGAUAUACAUUUUGUACAUACAGACACAUGACCUGGGAACCAUUUUUGGUCCCAACAGAUUUUGUUUAAUUUAUACAUCUCUUGUUACAGUAUGUUUGUUUCAUGAGUCAAUGUGACCCAGUGCAUUCGCUUUUUCUAAAAUAAAAAAAAAAAUUAUAUAAAAAUACAUCUAUAAUAAAAUCUAAAUCAAUAAAAAGAUAAAAUAAUGCCAGCAGAUGUUUUUUUAAUCCUACUCCUUUAGUUUAUUCUUCAUUUUUAAACAAUGUGUCUAUAUUUUUACAAGUCAAUUUGACCUGCAACAUAACAGGGCUGAUUAAUUUUGUGGAUUAUUCCAUAUUUCAAAGAUUUAUCUGUCAUCAGAAAUAUCAGCGUGGUGAUCUAGUGGUUAACAUGUCUGCCUCACAAUUCUAAGGUUCAUGUUUCAAAUUUUGGCUUUGGCCUUCCUGUGCGGCGUUUGCAUGUUCUUUUUGCUGGGUAGUCUGGCUUCCCCUGACAUACCACAACAACACUUGCUUGUGAUUUCCCCCCCCCCAUGCACAUGAUGACAUUUUCAAAAUGACACACACAUUGCACAUGUGUGACUGUUAGAGAAAACCAAAGAAAAAAGGGAACAAGACAGCUGUUUGUUUACUGUAAGUUAAUGAUUAUAAAAGGCAAAUAAUUCCCCACCUGAGGUUGUUAUAGUUUUCAGGCGGUAGUUUCUUCAGUAGUAUUCGGAACUGCUCCAGCUUUUCUGUACAGUCUUUUUCACUGUGAAUAAAGCAUUCACACAUAAAGGCAUGAUGUGCUUUUUUUCCCACCAUUCCAAGCAGGCCCCAGGUGUCUUAACAAAACGAGACCCAAAUAAAUCAAGAAUUACCACACUUUAAACACCCUCAUUUUGGUCCUGCUGAAAUUAGCUUGUUUUGAGGGGCAAGCUCUGUCUUAUGCAAGUGAGCGACAGUAAUGCCCGCGCCACUGCUGGGUCA